AGCCGAGACCUUGAGCGCGUUUUCACCGAGCCUGUGUCGAGGGCACUUCCGGUCUCGGUGUCGGAUAAAUAUCCGACAUUCCGGAGGAUUUCAAUCAAGUCACUCGAGUCACCGCAAUGAUGUUCCAGUGGAUCGCUGCUCUUCUGAUCGUCGGAUCCGGCGCGUCCACCGCGUUCGUCCACUCCACCAACCAGCAGUCCAACCAUCAGUCCAACCAUCAAUCAGAGUCUAGUUACAGCAGCAGUUCUUCACAUAACGGUGGUCAUUCAUAUAGUUACAUCAGCCAAUCAGCCCACGGCCCAGGUUAUAGUUACAGUUACAGUCACUCCAAUGGCGGAUCACCAUUAUUCUUACCAGAAUACGCUUCUGGAUAUCAUUCAUACACCCCCCUAUUCAUUCCAUCAAUCGAUUUUGAUUUUGACUUUGAUUUGGAUGAUGAUCUAGAUACUGAUUUAGAUUUCUAUAUUGAUACAGACUUGGAUUUAGACAUAGAUUUGGAUUUUCCGGGCAUUGAAUACGGACUCGGUUAUGUUGGAAAAUAUGGACACUGGUUUAGAAAGCCAAAAUACGGAAUUUCCAAGUUGUACAGCAGUAUCGAUCUAGAUUUUUUGAACUAUGGAGGAAACUACGGAUACGAUCAUUUAGGACCAUUACAUUAUGGAUCAUUUAAUAUUUACAAAUAAAUAUAUUAGUCAAAAUAGUAAAUUCAACUAUUUAUUUAUAAUUAGUAUCUAUUUAAUAAUUUAUUUAUUAUAAUAACAUGUCAUUUAGCAUACGAUCUUACCCUUUCGUUAACAUAUAUAGAGUUUAAGAAUUCAAUUAGUAUCUAGUCCAUGGCUUAAUAGACAUUAUAGUGGCUUCAGGAUUGAAAUAACCACUUAUUUACAAACAAGACUUUAAGUAAAUUUGUAUUGUUUAAUUAUAUACUUUACCGUAAGACAGUAGGAAUUCAUUAUAUUUGUGCAACUAAUAUUAUAAUAGGUAUAUUAUACUACUUAUAUUUGUAUGUCAUGCAAUAAAUAGAAUGUAUAAUGUUUGAAAAUAAUUUUGUAAUUGAAUCCAUUGUGAAAUCAAAUAAUAUGAAUAAGAACAUUGACAAUCAGAAUGCGGUCACAUGAAAUAAA